AUGGUUAAUGAUAUAUAUGUGCUUUUGAUAUGUACUGCGGGCAUAUACUCUAGCUUCCUCACCUGGGCACUGGUCCAAGAACCACUAACAACUAAGAUUUGGCCAAAUAGCCAACAACAGUUCCAAUAUCCUAAUGUCAUCGCAAUAUCUCAAGCUUCCGUUGCGAUGAUCAUUGGUUAUGCAUACCUAAGAUUCAAGGGAUUGAAAUAUAGUCCAUGGAGACUAUGCAGGGAUCAUUCAAAGUCAUUGUUUUUGAUAUCGUUUACCCAGAGUACAGCGAACCCAUUAGCCACUUAUUCCUUACAAUAUGUGGAUUACUUAACAUACAUGUUGGCAAAAUCAUGCAAAAUGAUUCCAGUUUUGCUUGUACAUUUAUUGGUAUAUCAUACUUCCAUUGCAAAUGAGAAGAAGAUCGUGGCAACUUUGGUAAGUCUUGGGGUUGCUAUCUUCACUUAUGGUGGUUCCAUGUCGAAAAAGGUUUCUUCUAAUGAUUUGGCCCAAGAUAGUGAGAAUUAUUUGAGUUUAUUUUAUGGGUUUUCAUUAUUACUGGCGAGUUUAUUUCUUGAUGGAAUGACCAAUGCCACUCAGGAUAAGAUGCUUAAGGCCAAUAAGGCUAAAAAAGAUGGGAACAUCAUAACCGCUUCGCAUUUAAUGUUUAUUUUAAACUUAUUAAUGAUUAUAUGGAACCUUGGAUAUUUCUUGGUCGCGGACAAAUCUCAGAUCACUGGUUCCUUAGCCAUGCUUUCAUUAGAUCCUGAUAUUUUAAGAUAUUUGCUGAUAUAUUCCAUAUGUGGUGCAGUUGGUCAAUGUUUCAUAUUCUUUACAUUAGAAAGAUAUGGAUCCUUAGUAUUAAUUACUAUUACUGUCACUCGUAAGAUGAUGUCUAUGCUAUUGAGUAUUGUAGUAUAUGGGAAAUCAGUAAACAUGCUUCAAUGGCUGGGAAUUUUUAUCGUUUUUGGAGGUAUUAGCUGGGAAGCGUUAAACAAAACAAAACAGAAGGUUGAUAUGGAGAAGAAAUCAAAAUAG